AGGAAGUACGGUCUGGUGUAGGACAUGCUACAAUCAAGAAGUUGAAGGAGAGGUUCUGGCCUUCGAUCCGCAAACGAAAGUAUUAAUAUUAACACUAUGAUGGGGCUGAACGACGUUCAUUUUAUAAAUUUGUCGCUAGUGAGCGAAUUGCAAGUAAAAAAAGAAGUAACUUCGAUUCCAGAGAUACCACAAUCACUAAAUUUACAAAGGAUAAAUUCGCGUAUAAGGAAUCAAGUUGACGAAAAGAAACGAUUAUUAACAUCAAUGUCCUCAAGUGUUACUCCAGAAGGACAAAGAUUAUUUGUAACAAUAGGUAAAACAAUUAAAGACAUUCGAUGGCGAAAUACAGAUAUUGUGGUGUGGGACCAGCAGGUAGGUUGUGUAGUUAUUACUCCACCUUAUCAACUGGAGGAUAUACAAGGAAAUAGUAACAGUAUGGAAUAUUCUUACAUUCGAAAAGUGGUUGAAAAACACAUGAAGGAUACAACAUUAAAUAGUUCACAGAAUCAACAAGUAAUUCAACACAAUUCAAAUUCACAAUAGAAGAUGAACAUAGAAAAAAUUCGUACCUCAGGCUUUUUACAUUAAUUUUAAUUUCAGUUUUUCCAUAUACGAUAAAAAUUUCGAUAAAAAACUGUUUCGUUUGCAUUUCUCACGUUUUUUCUUUUAAAAUUUUAUAAAAUUUUUCCCAGGAAUG